CUAUUCGGGACUAGAAAGUAUUUGAUUCUCCAAAAUGAAACUAUACGUGAUUGCCGCCCUUGUAUUCGUGGGCAUUGUCCUGGCCCAAGGACAUCCGGUGAAGGAGGAGCAACAGCAGGUGCAGCUCUUGACCCUGGAGGAUGCCGAAGCCAAGCAGGGAGUCGAUGAUGGUGCCGGAGUUCGAGCUGCCCGUGGAUUCGGAGGAUGGGGCGGACGUGGAGGAGGAUUCUGUUGCGGAGGAGGCUAUGGCAGGGGAGGCUUCGGAGGAGGCAGAGGUUUCUAUCCUGGCGGUGGCUAUGGACGCGGCGGUGGUGGCUAUGGCGGAGCCAGUGCCUCUGCCUCGGCUUCGGCUUCAGCCUCUUCAUACGGUGGCGGCUGGGGACGCUAAAAGCUCCGUCCCCCUUGCGUUUUAGAUUAGGAAAAAAAUUAAAAACAAAACCGAAAAUAAACAAACGACGAAAGUCGAAACGAAAACAAAAA